AUAGAACGGAGCUUAAUAAACAGUCUUUGGUCACAUGUUUAUAUUCAUAAUUUAUUUACUAUAAAAUAUAUAAUAAUUAUCUGGAAGAAUUUUAAAUUUAAAUCGUUUAGUUUUAUAACUGCCAAAAGAUGUCUCUGAGUAAAUCUAAAAAGUUAAUAUUGGGUUUAACUGCAGUCUCGGGUGUUGUUACAUUCUAUUACUUAAAUAACACUUGCAAGGUUCAAAAUUCAUGGACAACAAAUUAUAAUCCAUCUCCAUUUGCUAAGUGGGAUGAAAAUUGGGAUCACCGAUGUCCAAAAUAUAUGAAUCGUAUAAAAGGAAGGAGGCUUUCCGAAACUGAAGAAAAUACUCUCAAUGAACAAACAGAAAAAAAACCUACAGCUGUAAGGCACAUAAUACUUAUCAGACAUGGGCAAUAUAAUUUGAAUGGUACUACUGAUGGAGAACGAGUUUUAACCAAAUUGGGGCGAAUGCAAGCAGAAUAUACAGGUAAAAGAUUAAAGGAAUUAGAUCUACCCUAUACACAAAUGGUUAAAUCUACAAUGACUAGAGCACAAGAGACCGGAACAAUUAUAUCAGAAUAUAUUCCAGAGAUUCCUGUGCUCCAUUGUGAUCUUUUAAGAGAAGGUGCGCCUAUACCUCCUGAACCACCUGUAGGAACUUGGAAACCUGAAAAUUAUAAGUUUUAUCAAGAUGGAUCAAGAAUUGAAGCAGCCUUUAGAAAAUAUUUUCACCGUGCAGAUUGUUCUCAAGAAAAAGAUUCUUACACUGUUUUAGUAUGUCACGCCAAUGUUAUUCGAUAUUUCGUUUGCAGGGCUCUUCAAUUUCCUGCCGAAGCAUGGUUGAGACUUUCUAUAAAUCAUGCCAGUAUAACAUGGAUCAGCAUCACACCAAGUGGACGGUGUAUACUUAGAGUGUUAGGAGAUACAGGUCAUAUGCCUCCCAACGUCAUUACAAGUACAUGAUUAGAUUAUUAAGGAAGAGCAUUGAUAUAUAUAUAUAUAUAUAUAUAUAUAUAUAUAUAUAUAUAUAUAUAUAUAUAUAUAUAUAUAUAUAUAUAUAUAUAUAUAUAUAUAUAUAGCGAGAGAGAGAGAGGAGCGAGGUGAAAUGCGUUGAGAAUUUUUACUGGACAGUAUUUCAUGGGAAAACCAUAUAAUAAAUCAAGUUUUUCUUAAGAUGCACUAUUCUCUAUGGUUUUUCUUGAAAUUGUAUAACUUAGGAAAAAAAAUGUAUUGUAAGAUUAUUGUGAAUAUAUAUAC